UGAGACCCAGGACGGGUGGGAUUGUUUUGUUUUUUUCCUCUACGAGACUGUCUCAAAGGCUGCUCUUCUGCACCGUCAACAUGCCAGUUCUGGACCAAGAGCCCUCCAAAGAUUUAGGGGGCGGAGAUGUAAAUAUAUUUUUGAUAUCUACUAAAUGUGGUCUUCCUAAGCUGCCACUUCCUGCCCUGAAAGACACACUGGACAUGUACCUGAGAUGCAUGAAACACCUGCUCACAGAGGAACAGUUCAACAAGACCCAAAAUGUGGUGAAGCAGUUUGGAGCCCCUGGAGGAGUGGGGGAGCUACUACAGAGCAAACUCAUGGAGAGGAGGGAGAACAAGGCAAACUGGGUGUAUGAGUACUGGCUGAAUGACAUGUACCUGAACAACAGACUGGCUCUGCCUGUCAACUCCAGUCCUGUGAUGGUCUUCCCACAGCAGAACUUCAGGGCUCCCAUCGACUCUUUACGGUUUGCUGCACACUUAAUUUCUGGAGUUUUGGAGUACAAGACUCUUCUUGAUUCACAUUCCCUGCCUGUGGACUAUGCUCGGGGCCAGCUGGCUGGAACCCCUCUGUGUAUGGAGCAGUACUAUCGCCUGUUUACUUCCUACCGCCUACCGGGGCCUGACAGGGACACACUGGUGGCACAGGAGAGCAGCGUGAUGCCAGAACCUGAACACAUUAUCGUGGCUUGUAAAAACCAGUUCUUUGUGUUGGAUGUGGUGAUCAACUUCCGCCGACUGAAUGAAAGAGACCUGUUGACUCAGCUGGAGAAAAUCGCCAGGAUGGCCGACAGUGAAGAAGAGCGACUCCCACCUAUUGGUCUCCUCACUUCAGAUGGACGGACAGAGUGGGCCAAGUCUCGCGGUGUACUAAUGAGAGAGUCUACUAACAGGGACUCUCUGGACAUGAUUGAGCGUUGUCUGUGUCUCGUGUGUCUGGAUGACGCCACUGGGCCCGAGCAAAGUGACACAACACGUGCCAUGUUGAUGCUGCACGGCGGAGGAGUGGCCAAGAAUGGAGGCAACCGAUGGUACGACAAGCCAAUGCAGUUUGUUGUAGGAGCGGACGGCUGCUGCGGAGUCGUGUGUGAACACUCGCCAUUUGAGGGAAUUGUCCUUGUGCAGUGCACAGAAUAUCUACUCAAAUACAUGAUUGGCAGCCCAUCAAAGCUGGUCAGAGCUGCAAGUGUGAGUGAGCUGCCUGCACCACGCAGGCUCCGCUGGAAAUGCACCCCAGAGAUUCACAAACUGCUCGCUUCCUCUGCAGACAAACUACAGAGGCAGGUGAAAAAUCUGGACAUGAACGUCCACAAAUUCCACAGUUACGGGAAAGAAUUCAUCAAGAAGCAGAAAAUGAGUCCAGAUGCCUACAUCCAGGUCGCUCUUCAGCUGGCUUACUACCGAUGUCACAGCAGACCAGUGGCAACCUAUGAGAGUGCUUCCAUACGACGUUUUCGGGAGGGCAGAGUGGACAACAUCCGUUCAGCUACACCAGAAGCCCUGACGUUUGUCAAAGCAAUGACUGAUGGGAAACUGAGCACAAGUGAUGCAGAAAAGAUGGAGAUGUUACGAGGUGCAAUAAGUGCACAGACAAAGUACACUAUUCUGGCUAUUACAGGGAUGGCAAUAGACAAUCACUUACUGGGACUACGUGAAAUUGCACAAGAGCUGAAGAUGGAGAAGCCGGAAAUAUUCAAAGACGAAGCCUAUCUCAUCAGUAAUCAGUUCAUUCUCUCUACAAGUCAGGUUCCUACAACUGUUGAGAUGUUCUGCUGCUACGGCCCCGUGGUUCCAAAUGGAUACGGAGCGUGCUACAACCCUCAGUCAGACCACAUUAUCUUCUCUGUGUCCAGUUUCUGCGAGAGCGCGCAGACGUGUUCGGCAGAAUUUGUCAAGUCUCUGGAGCACGGACUCCUAGACAUGAGGGAUCUGUGCAAUAAAUGUAACUCCAGCUCCAAUCCGAACCAGCAAAGACAGGGUCAGACGCUGGAGACGCACACACAAACAGACACAAACUGGCAGAGCAAAACACCGCAGAGACCAGUGGAACUGAGCAAGAACCAGCAAAAACUGCCACAGGUUCUGCUGAAGACACCAGAGCAGACUAAAGUGGAGGCUCAAACCCAGACGUCAUCACAGGGAGAGGCACAAGCUCUGAAGAAUGGACGUCAGUGGUAGGAAGUGAAUAUAGUGGUGGUGUAAUUUUAAAUGUGUGUAAAAAUGUGUUCCUCGAGUCGUUCACAAAAUAUACACUGUAAUUGUGAAACAAAAUGUAACAUAAAGCUGUUUGGUCGUACACUGUACUGUAAAAUGUAUGAAGUGCUUAUGAUAAUCUAAUGUACUUAUUCUUAGAGAAUAUUAGAGGUGUUUGG